ACAGGUGGUUGGAAGUAGAGUGGAUUUCUUCCUAAUUCUCUUAUAUUUCGAUUGAGUUAAUGAUUGGUGGGAGGAUUUUAGCUGAAUGCUACAUCGAAAUCUGCAAAAUUAAGCUUGUACUAAAAAAAAAUGUCUUGUUGCUUUUGAUUCCUUGCCCUCCUUUCUCACUAGCCAAUCCUCUAGCCUCUACUUACAAACCUUGUCUAUUAUGCUCACUUGUCCAUUGUCUAACCAACACCAUACCAGCUUCAGCUUCUUCAUACAAUCAGCUUUUCUACUAUUCUUUUCCUUUUGUCUUUCCAUCAUUCUUCAUGUCCUUUAUUCUCCUCGUUUGGCUCAAUCCCCCAAAAGUGCACCACCCCCUUUUUGAACACAGCACCUUUCUUUCUUUUUUUUUUCUAAGCUCCAUAAAGGGUACAAAACCUCUUUUAUAGUCUAGUGGGUUUUUUUCAUUUUUAAGUUUUGCUUAUCUCAACAAUGCAACACUGCUCUCUGCUGUGAUCUUGAAAGUGGAUGUCAAUAGUGAAACUGAAAAGGUCUUCAUGGUAGACAAGAGAACUCUUGCAUCUUUCCCUGGUAGUUUCAAAAAAUUGUUUGGUUAUUUGAUGGAUGAGACCAAGGACCUGAAAGUGUUAUUUCAUGAUUUUGAGGAUGAAGCUGGGGGUUUUGAGCUAGUAGCAGCAAGGUUUUGCUAUAACAAGAAGUCUCUAGAUUGUAUCAGCUUCUGGACCUGGUCUGAACUCCUUGUAGCUUUGAAAGAAUGCCAAGAUUUGCUUUCUGCUUCUGAUUCUUCAUUAAUACUCGAGAAGAUUCUCGACUGUGUUGUAACAAGGCUUGCCUCUCUGGUUGUUGCUAGCCCUUGCACGUGUUCUUCAGAGAACACCAGAAUAUCUUGGUGGUUUGAGGAUCUUCUGGUUUUGAAAAUUGAUUUGAUUGACAAGGUAAUAAGAAUGUCGAUAAGCCGGAACAUCGAUCAUGCUACGAUUAGUAAGUUCCUUUUAUGUUAUCAAAGAUCAAGAUUCCUUACCGCGACCCCAACUGAGAAGUGCAAAAUCAUGGAGGUCAUGAUCAAUCUGCUCUCUUUGCUUGAUAGGAGCUCCUUUUCUUGCAAGCUCUUAUUUGGUAUAUUUCGAGUCGUUUCAAGCUUGAAAAUUAGCUCUCACCACAAAUCCAUUUUGGAGAAUCUUAUUGGUUCACAACUUGAUAGAGCAACUAUAGAUUUUCUACUUGUCCCAUCCUCACGCAGGAAAGCUUAUGUGUAUGAUGUGAAUCUUGUUCUAAGGCUGGUGAAAGCAUUUUACAUUGAAGGAAGGUGUUUCUUACUCGACUCCCGGUUGAGGAAAGUCGCUAGCUUGGUUGAUUCAUACCUUGUGGAAGUGGCAGCAGAUUCCCACCUGAGCCCUUCAAAAUUUGCAGCAUUAGUCUUGGUACUCCCUGAUGAUGCAAGAGAAUCCCAUGAUAGGCUUUUUCAAGCCAUAGACAUUUAUCUUGAGGUUCAUGGUGGACUAUGUGAAGCAAAGAAAAUGAAAAUCUGCAGUGCACUUAACUAUGCAAAGCUCUCAACAGAUGCAUUGAAACACUUGGCUAGAAACCCGAAAUUUCCUUCAAGAAUAGCAAUACAAGUUUUCAUCAACCAACAAUCCAAGCUUGAAAACUUAUUUGAGGACAAAACACACCUUGUUGACACCUUUAGUAGUUCGGUUUUUGCCGAGGAAAGUAUUGACGAGAAGGUGAGUUCCGAUCAAGUCCUUGUGUAUGCGAAAAGAAUCAACCUUCCCAACAAAGCUGAGCACCUUGAUGUACAGCUGCAAGGGAUGCAAUGCACAAUAACAGAACUGGAAAAGUACUGUGGGAUAAUGCAGACUCAAAUAGGAAAUAUUCCAAGAACAAGAUUAUCAAGCCUUGGUAAUAAUGCUAGGUUCUUACCUAAACUAUGUUCUUGAAACAUGAAACAUUACAUGUUUGUAUAGAUGAAGGCAAUUAAUGUAAAUGCAAAGAUUGUUAUUUUUUUGGUGAGAAAUUUUUUGUAAAGAAUGAACAAACCAUGGAGAAUGAGAAUUGCAUAAUGAACUAAUGAUUUAAUUUAACUAUGAAUAA